CCCAGCAGAAGGGAGAAACGCCCAUCCAGCAAAAGGGACAGACACCAGCCCAGCAGAAGGGAGAAACGCCCAUCCAGCAAAAGGGACAGACACCCAAGCAACAGAAGGGACAAACACCCAAACAGCUAAAAGUACAAACACCUAAACAGCUGAAGGUACAAACACCCAAACAGCUGAAGGUACAAACACCCAAACAGCUGAAGGUACAAACACCCAAACAGCUGAAAGUACAGACACCCAAACAGUUGAAAGGACAAACACCCAAACAGCAGAAGGAUGUGGUUACAACCCCUACAGUACAAACUCCAGGAAAGAAGAAACUGACCCAGAUUUCUCCUGCCAAUAACUCUAAAGAAUCUAAGCAGCUGAAGAAAAUAAAUGCUGAAGAUAAUGAUAGUGACGAUGAAGACAUUGAUGAUGAUGAAGAAGAAGGAAUGACAGUGGGUGACUUGUUUAAAGGACAGCUUGAGGAAGAUGAUGAUGAAGAUGAGGAUUUUUCUGAUGAUGAGGAGGAUGAAGAUGAUGAUGAGGAGGAUGAAGAUGAUGAUGAGGAGGAUGAAGAUGAUGAUGAGGAGGAUGAAGAUGUUAAUGAGGAGGAUGAUGAUGAAGAGGACGAAGAAGUCCAACCUGCACGCAAAAAAGCGAAAACUGAAAGCCAACCAGUUUCUAUCAAACAGGGAAAAGUCAGCAACAGUGCAGAUAAUAUCCCAAAAUUGACAGCACCCUCUGGUGAGUUAACA